GAUAAAACAUCCGGACAGGGCGUGGCUUGUUGGUGAGCAGCAGCAGGAUUUGUGCAGAAACCUCAGUGGCCACACACACAGAGCACACACAGAACACAGCAUGGCCCUCGACCUCUCCAACAAUGUAGAGGAGCGACCAGAGCCUUUUCAGGCCGAGGUCAAAGGGAGUCUUCCCAGCUGGCUGCGAGGUGCGUUGCUGCGCAUUGGACCUGGAAUCUUCACUGUAGGUGACACCAGCUACAACCACUGGUUUGAUGGGAUGUGCAUCAUGCACAGCUUCAGCUUUCAGCAAGGUGAAGUGACCUACAGGAGCAGAUACCUGAGAGGAGACACCUACAACACCAACAUGGCUGAAAACAGAAUAGUUGUGUCUGAAAUGGGGACGAUGGCUUAUCCAGACCCAAACAAGAACUUCAUUGCCAAGGCAGUUACAUUUCUCAACCACACCAUACCCGACUUCACUGACAACUGUGCGAGCAAUUUCAUCAAAUAUGGAAAUGACUACUACGCUACUUCUGAAACCAACUACAUUCGCAAGAUCGAUCCUGUGACUCUGGAAACUCAGGACAAGGUGGAUUACAUGAAGUACCUGCACGUUAACUUGGUUUCAUCCCAUCCACAUUAUGACCGAGAGGGCAACGUCUUCAACAUGGGCACCUCCAUCGCAGAAAAGGCAAAGACUAAGUACACACUCUUCAAAGUCCCUGCAGCUUCUGUGGAAGGUGGAGGUCAGAAAACGCCUGUCUUGAAGAAGGUCGAGGUGAUCUGCACAAUUCCCUGCCGCUCUCUCUUCAUGCCGAACUAUUAUCACAGCUUUGGAAUGACGGACAACUACUUUGUCUUCAUCGAGCAACCUAUUAAAAUGGACAUCUUAAGGAUGUCCACUGCCUACAUGAGAGGCAUCAACUGGGCAAGCUGCCUGAAGUUCUGUGCUGAAGAAAACACUCUGAUCCAUUUGAUAGACAGAAGAACUAGCAAAGAAGUUGAGACAAAGUACUACACCAGAGCAAUGGUUGUCUAUCAUCACGUGAACGCUUUUGAGGAUGACGGUCAUGUCGUCUUUGACGUCAUUGCCUAUAAAGACAACAGCCUUUAUGAUAUGUUCUACCUCAGCAAGCUGAAGGACAGUACUACUGGAUCUGAUGACGCUAGCGAGUCCAAGCCGAGCUACCAAAGAUUUGCUCUUCCCAUCCAAUCGGACAAGAAUGUUGGGACUGGAGAGAAUAUGGUGAAAAUCAAAUAUACAACUGCCAGAGCUGUGAAGGAGAAGGAAGGGAAGCUAAUGUGCCACUCAGAGGUGCUUUGUGAAGGUUUGGAACUACCCAGAAUGAAUUAUGACGUCAACGGGAAGAGGCACCGCUUUGUUUAUGGGAGCUGUGUGGAGAAGGCCACCGUGUCAAAAGCGAUUGGAAAGUUUGACACAGAAACGAAGGAAAUGGAUUGUUGGAGUGAAAGUAACUGCUGGCCUUCAGAGCCGGUGUUUGUCCCGAGACCAAAUGGAGAGUCAGAGGACGAUGGUGUUGUCUUAACAUCAGUGAUUAACUCCUGCCCCGGUCAGUUUGGCUUCGUCCUCGUGCUCGAUGGUAGAACGUUCAAAGAAGUGGCUCGAGCAUACGUGAACACCGAGCUGCACAGGGAUAUGCACGGAAUCUUUAUCCCACAAGGAAAUUAGGGAGAAAUUUCCCACAAAAGUUCUCAACCCUCCCACAUAUGUAGAAAUAUGUGUGCCUGCCUGUCACACGUGUGUCACACCAGCACUGUGUGCAGAAUAAAGACUGACUCAAUAAACGGUUGAAAUCGAGCUGCAGUAGAAAGAAAACUUGAUUACUGCAAAACAAAUGUGAUAUUGAGAGUAAUGUAUACUGUUUUUCAUAUGAUUUAUACGUUAUAUUUUAGACUAGAAUGCCUCGGAUAAGAUCAAAUUUGUUAUAAUCCAGCUAAAAGUACUGUGUUCUUAUGCUAAAUAAAUAAAAUUAUUAAAAAAUCAAAUUAUCUAAAUA